AUGGAAGACGCAAAAGUGGAAAAUUCCCGUUAUAAUGUGAUUCCUGUGACCGACUACGAUCCAUUUGAGGUUUGUAGAAUAUUGUUAAGAAAAUCAUGUCAAAUCCUUGAGGUACAGAUUCCUUAGCUUUUGGCAAAUUAUAUAUUAUUGAUGAAGAACUUCACGCGAAAGCUACCGUACAAAUUCCUGGCAAGCAAAGCGAAGGUUUGAUGAACAGUUUCAAGCGCAAAAUUGUAUAUCGUUUUUUUUUAUCCUUGAGUGAAGAAAUUCAAGGUUUCUUGGGUGAAGGAUCGUUUCAUCUAAGGAGCGUAAUCGAGUCAACAUGAUUGGAUUAUUGUGUGUGACAAAUGUACGUCGACCAAUUUGCAUUUUGGUUUUACUUUUCGAUAAAAAUCGCCGAUCAGAAGCGGUUAUUCAAAUACUCUUGAAAGUCUCACGAUACGACGUACGCGUGUUCACCUGUUAUUCUCUAAUCAAGUUCUUUAAAACUUGUUAAGUUGUUCUAUACGAAGUGUUCUUGCUGUGUGAAAGCUUUUAAGAAGUGAUACGCUUACAAUAUCUGGAAUACAUACGUGAAAUUUACGGUGAAAUUAUUGAAACUUUUUUUUUAGCACUCAAAAGAAACUUCAGUCUAAGUAUCUGUGAGGACAGAUAAUUAAUUUUGAAAGGAAAUACCUCACAUUAUUAUACACUGAUGUUAGUACAUGAGUGAAUCAAAUUGUCAACAAUGUUUUGGCUCCAACUCACAGUACAAAAGUUAGAAGGGGGCAUAUAAUUUAUCUAUGAUGACACAAUAUUACCAAAAUAUUGUUAGGAAUACCUCUAUAAGCAAUAGUUGUCUGGUUUCCCAAACAACUUACAAUUCACAAGUUUUUUUCAAAUCCUGAACACUUAAUAUCACUAAUAUGAAAAAAAGAAAAUGACUUGACUUUCCAGACCUUAGAUUAAAAAACUUGUAGCAAGUCAAUUCUUUAAUUAUAUGAAUCUAUUCUUUCACGAUCUUGUUUUUUUAUUUUUAAGAAAUAAAAUUUAACUUUAAGUUAGUAAUUUACUUACUUAGUCAUUUGUUUACAGGCAAAGUUUGCAGCAUCCCUUUACUGGUUGGUGUUUCGUGCCACUGAGGAUGGAGAGUUUGAAAAUAUCCCCUCUCAAGUUACCAGUCCUAUUCAGAGGGAUUCGGAGGUAAAUAAUUAUUAUGCAGUCAGUCAGAUAAGGCAAUAUUAUUUAUCCUUAAAUACACAAAUUAUUAAAAUUUACAAAGGUUUCAAUGCCAGUCACAUAAAGGGCUGAUCUUCUAAAUUAUAAUGCCCUAGCUUCUAAUUUUCAUUGAUCUAAGUCAUGACCAUUUUGGUUGCUGUGGCAUAUAGAAAAAAAAAUUUUGCAACUUAAUUUUAAGUGAAAGUACUAGUUUGUGGUGGUCAAGUACAUUUAGUAAGCUGUCACAUUUUCAUUUUUUUCAUUUUUACAAGGCACAUGACUAUAUGACAAAGUUAUCAAUACUUUCUUACCAUAUCAUCCCUAAGUCAAUCAUUAACCUUUUAACUCCCAAGAUCAUCCCUGAGAAGCUUCACCUGAUAAGUUUGAAUAUCAUCAAGGUCUGAAGAAAUGGAUGUUGUUGGGAGAAAAAUGGGAGUUAAAAACAAAGUCAAGAAAAUGAUAAACUAAAGAAGCUCUUGAUUGUUAAAACAAUUCUCCCUGUCAGCACUAUAUUAAAUAUUUAGAGAACAGUACAGAGAAUAUGCAUACUGAUGUUAUGCUUAGGACUUCAUCUUUUCACCAGCCUCAUUAUGCCUUAUGUUUUAUCUCAAUAGAAGCGUAUAACUGUUCGUCCAGAGGUAAUAGAAUUCCUCACCAAAGGUGAGAUCUAUUGCCAGGUCUGCAAUAGUAUCUUUCAUGGAAAAGCUCCUGUGGUAGGUCAGUGGGCUGUUCUCCAGACCCUGUCACGCCAUGGAUUUUACGUGGUGGAGGAAGGUGACAUCGCUGUCACCGAUUCUGCUUUGCAGCAGAAGAAACCAUUUAGAAAGGUACCUUUUGUAAGAUUAAAAAAUUUAACUAAGGAAGUAAUCAAUACAGGUUAGUUGCAAUCAAAAGAAUUACAGAAAUGGCGGCCUAGCCACAAGGAUCAUUUACUUAAAUAUUAUGUGCAGGUGAAAAUGUUAUUUAUUUCCUUUAUUGUAUUUCAAGAUAUUAAAAAAACUUUGUAAAGCUCAUUCUCAAUACAAGCUGGGGAAAAAGAUAAACCUUGAAUCCCCAAGAAGAAUUGAAUCUUAGACCUUCAGAUUCCAUGGUGCGAUGCUCUACCACUGAGCUACAGAGACUCUACUGUACUCUUUUUGUCUCACCGCUGUUACAAGAUGAAAAAAAUUAUCUUUCUCUAUUUCUUUACCAAGAUCAAAAAAAAAAUGAUAAUAAAUCCAGUCCAGUCGAGAGUAGCUCAGUGAAGGAUUAUUUUUAGUUGUCAGUGGUGAACAACUAACAUUUCAUCAACCUUCACUUAUGUCCAGAAAUUCACACAGGAAAAAAAUGGCAGAUUUGACCAAAUUUUUGUCAAACUGAGUGAAUGUUAAUAGAUUUGACAAUUUUGGCCAAUUUUAGUCAAAUUUGUCAAAAUGAAAUCAGCUUGGGGAAAUUGACAAAUUUUAGUCAAAUUGAUUGAAGUGAAAUCAGCUCAGCCCAUUUGAUAAUUAGAUGAAUUUUUGCCAUUUUUGUUACUGCACGCAUUUCUGGACAUCACAACCUUAACCAAUGUCAAUCAUAUGGACCUGAUAAAGGGGGUAAGUUUCUUAGGAAACUGUGGUGCUGUGUCAGUGGGAGAGGAUAACAAAGAUAAUUUUGUUUUAGCAAUUGAGUUGAGAGUGAAUGGAAUGACGAAGGGCGAAAGCUUGAAAUGUCAGCAUAGAAACUCUUUACGGUGGCCAAGUUAGAUUAUCACUUCAGCUGAUUAAACCAAAUUAUCUUGUCAUAGGGACCUGAUGUUUGGAAUGAUUUACCUAACUAGCAACAAGGGAUGCUGUAUGUAUUCUGUUAAUCGCACAGUUUUAUUUCUCCAACAUGUUUUUAGUCAACUCAUCUUGCUUUGAUGGACUGCCUCAUGAGUGCCUUCUCUACACAGGCUGUUAGUGUUCCACAAGUUGUGCAGUGUGUCAGGUAAUUUACACAGGUCUCAAAUGGGAGAGUGUUUCAAUGCUCCAACUUUUAACCCUUUCACUCCUAAGAUCUCGUAAGUAAUUCUCCUUACUGACUGCUAUACAAUUCUUUUGAUUUUAGUUCUGAGAAUUUGUUAUUGGAUCAACUAAUAAUCCACUAAUUGAUAUUUCUCUUUAUUCUUAUCACUUGUCUGCUUGAUAUUGUAAGGAAAAAAUUCGGUUUUGGUCACUCGUGGGAGUGAAAGAGUUUACAGUGACUUGUGUCUAAGUUCUCCUCAAUGUAUUACUCCUGACUUCACUCCAGACUUCUCUUGAGAGUUUCAAUUAAAAAAAAAAAAAAAAAAAGGGGGGUUCCUUUAAAUGCAGUUGUUACGUGAGAUUCCCCUUGGAAGUUUUCUAUUGUUUGUUAGUUGCCAUGUGCAAAAGAGGAAGUUUAUCAAGUACUGUAUUUUUUUAAUUUUUUGUUUAUCAUUUACGCUGUUCACUUUUCUUUGAUUUAUCAGUAAACAGUUUAAAAUGCAGGAGAUGGAAAUGAGAAUCGAGAAUUAAAAUAUUACAACCAUAUUGACAGUUGUGGUUCUAAGGGUUACCCUUACUAAAAGUCAUUGACAUGAAAAUUUAGGUAAAAAUAGUAAAGUCAGCGAUCAAGCCAAGUGAGUCAUUUGUGGAACCUUAUCCCAGUUUUCUUAGGAUGAAGCAAUGAGGAGUAUCAUUGUAUCCUUCCCUGGUUGGGAUGCCAGUCGAUGGCAGUUUUCCAUUCCCAGUGUUUCAUCCUGUUUUCCUUCCAUUUUUCUAAUACCCAUAAUAUAUAGAUUUAGCCAAGCCUAAAAGCGGAGCUCACAUUUUUUUUCCCGCACGUCUCAAUGCCUUGCCCUGGCCAGGACUAGAACCUGGGUUGUCCGACUCUGAGCCUAGUGCACUGACCACUGGACUACUGAACAAAGCCGUGGUGUUGGCGUUCCCACGGUACAGUUGACCAUGCAUGUUAAAAGUAGCACCUUGUACGGUCGUACAUCCAAAUUUUUUUGGCUUGAUGGGUUACUACUAUUUUGUAUAAUUAUGGGGCUAUGCUCUGCAAGCUCCGCUAUUAUAACCAGUGUGAGUUUCUCCCCACCCCAUACAACAGGACCUUAAUGUUUGACUCAAAGUGUGUUUUCUGUUGAUACCCACAGUAAAUUUUCAUCAUUCAAUGCUUCUAAAGAGCUACCAUUUGAUCUGGAGGAUGCACUCCUUCUGUGGAUCAACAAAAUCUCAGCAGUGUUGAAUGAAAAUCAGCUGAAGAAGCAGAAGCAACAUGCAGAACAACUUCUACAGAACCAAGACAAAGCCAAACGAUUCAGGUUUCGCCGUGAUCAACUGCAGCCAAAAGUGCAGACAGUAUUUCCUUUGAUGGAAGAACUUUUGAAAGAUGUCAGUGAUGGAAAAAGUUUGCUUGGGAUUUUAAUGUUUUAUCAUCCAACAGUGAUUAACAUUGAAGGUACUUUGUGAUGUAUAAUAAUGUAAACCCCAAACAUGUUUGUUUGAUUGUGUGCGUCUGAUCAUCAAUGUAAGAUUACUUUUAGUAUAAUUUUGUAUUUAUUUAUAUUUAUUUAGUGUGUUUUUAUAAGUUUGUUGUAUUUGGUUUUCUUUUUUUUUAUCAGUUGUAUUUUUUGACAUUGACUCAAAGUGUGUUUUCUGUUGAUACCCAUAUAAUGCUCAUAAUUUUGCUGCCCUCUUGUAUUUAACCCUUUAUCUCCCAUGAGUGACCAAGACUGAAUUUCUCCUUACAAUAUCAAUACAAUAUCAACUAGAUUAGUGAUGAGAAUAGAGAAAAAUAUCAAUUUGGUGAUAAUUAGUUGAUCCAAUAUAAAAUUCUCUGAACUAACAUUAUAAGAAUUGUAUGGUUGACAGUAAGGAGAAUUACAAAUUUGAUCUGAGAGUUAAAGGGUAAAGGCCAGUUUCUUGUGGGCAUAAUCACUAUUUAAAGUCAGUUUUCCCUAAAGUUGUUCUUGGCACAUUUCUCUGUCUGGGAGUCAAGUCUUCAACUUAAAAGUUAUUCGCUAUUGCAGUUAGAUAUAAGACAUCAUCAAUUUUCAACCUGCCACUGUGUUAGCUGUGUAAAUAAAAUUCUGAGUUAAGAUGAUAAAAAAAAUACUUAAGGGUUGUGAGUCGCUGUACUUUUCACAGAACCAGAGACGUGGUUAAUCUGGGUGAGGCUAGUCCUGAGAAGGAAUGUUGUCUGUAGUGUAUGGUUACUGAUAUUUAGACAACCUCAGUGGAAGUCAUUAUCAUAGCUGUAUGGUCAAAAGCUUAUUUUGUUUGGUUUAGUUUAUAGCAAUUUAUGCUAAUUUAAUUGGGGGAGUUGGUAUGGUUUGUGGAUUAAAUCAUAGCAGUGACUUUAUCUCUCUUCUCAAUUUUCAGAUGUGUGUCUGGGGAAAAAUCUUGCAACCGAAGAUUGUGUCCACAAUCUAGACUUAUUCCGCUCUCUUUGCAGUCAAUUUAUAUGCACCUCAGUCCUUGCUCUUAAAGUUGAAGAUUUUCUUUAUGGAUCACAAGCAAUGAAACCCAACGUUAUUGCACUUCUGGCUGAGAUAUUCCAGAAAUGCGAAGUGGAAUCAGGGUCUGAAAACUGUGUUGUCUCAAAACAGACCUCUAAGUCAGAUGCUGACUUGCAGCACAUUACCGCUAACAAAGAAAAUAUGAUUGAUAAUAAAUGUUCCAGUGCACCAGUCUUGAAUUCUGAUGAAAAUAAAUACACACAUGGGAGCCCAAGAGAAUCUUUGAAAAGUAAAAGUGAGAGAUCAUCCUCAUUGUCUGGCAAGUUAACUGGCUCUGCAUUGGAUGCUGUUAAGCAGGAGACCAGUGUUGUGUGGAAAUCGCAAAGUGAUGGUCAAGUGAAUUCAAACAGUCGACUGUCAUUUAAGUCACCAUUUCAUCUGGAUUUUACUGAUGAUUAUGACAGCCAGCAGCCCCCUUUAAAUGGGUCAUUGCCAACUCAGGGUGUUGAGAAAGACAAUGAAAAGUUCAAUGAAAAAGAAAAUCCAUUCACUGGAAUACUUCAGAGGCCUGUUCUUGCAGGUGAGACCAGGAAACACAGCUUACCUGCAAAUAUGACUGUAGGGCAUGGUAGCCCCCGAACCACUCCCAGGCAAGAGGUACAACUCCUGCUGCGACGCAAUAAACAGAAGCAAAGAACUCUUGACCUGGAAGACUGGGACAUGCAACAAGAAGAAGAAACGGAAGUAGUCAGAGGUAAUAUCAGUGAUAAAUCUUAUAUUUAAAACUGUGACAUUUUUGUUAUUUCUUGCUUUGGUCAAUUUGACGAAAUUGUUUAAAUAAACCUUAAUGAUUCAAUUCCAGAUGAGUAAAUGAUAUUAGAUAAUUGUUUGAUCAAUUAAAUUCAUUUUGACUGAAGUAAAUUUAUUUUUUUAAAAAAAGCUGGUAUGAAUUCCUAUAUCAAAAAUCAAAAAGUGAAUUGUGGCUUUAUUUUAUCAGUCAGUGCUAACCAUUGUGUUUCAUUUUUUAAUGUUAUUUUAGAAUGAACUUAAGAGAAUUAAAAGUUGAGCAAAAUAGGGUUACUAUCAGUCAAAUAGACAAUUGACAGAAAAAGUAUCAGUCAAGGCUUAUCAUAAUUGUUCAUCCUUAAAAUCCCUUAAAAGGCAUUUAUAUCAUUAAACAAGCAAUUUAAAUUGAACUCGCGCUAAAAAUUUUAAAACCUAAGAACAAAAUGACAUAAAAUUUACAUUUUUUCUAUUGCAAUUUGAUUUACGACAUCGAUAAUUUCCAGCCACCUGCAUAUAUUUCUACUUAAUGUCUUUUUUUCAUCCUUUCCAUCUUGGCGAGUCACAAUACAUGUUAUGAUAAAGUGCUUAUUUAACAGAUUUUAGCUUUUUUUGGACUCAGUGCUUCUUAAGCUCAUUUCCAUAGCUUUUGUUUGUUUUUGUUUUGGUUUUUUUUUUAUUAGAAUUUAUCUUCUGUCUGUACUAUCUGCAUUUAGCUUUUAAAUUGUAUAAAUUCAUAGAUUGUUAUCCAGUUUCCAAGUUGAGGAAAACCAAAAAAAUUCCAAUUUGCCAAGGGCUUGGGAAAUUCAUUUCCUUUUUGCCAAAUUGAAUUAUUUUUGAAGUGGAAGUAAAGGAAAUGAUUUGCCUCAAGGACAUAUCUUGUGCUUUUUGACAUUAAAAAUUAAUGAAACUAGGCGAACAAAAUAUUCAUGAAUGCACAAUUGUGCAAUUUUGUACGAUUCAGUUGGUUGCUGUGUUGACACUUUUUUCUGGAAGGUAUAAGCCGCAUAAAAUCAAAACUAUCAUGGUUUGUGCGGCCAGAUAACUGAAUAUAUUUUUACAGAGAUUAUAAAUAUUAUUUCUUCAAUAUUUUUGCCAUAGACAAUUGUGACAAAGGUACAAUAAUUCACUAAUUUUUGUUCAUGUCUCAAAACAUUGCUAGAAUAUUUUUUUUAUUCGAAAACCUGGUAAUAUUCUAGGAUUUUGAUCGGCAUUAUUGUAUUUUUUUAUGGCAAGUAAUAUUGUGAAAAUGACAAACAACACUGGAUGUAUAUAUAAAAGCAGAAAUUGUACAGUACUGUCAAUAAUCAAUGUUGUGAGCUUGCUUUCAACAAAACCAUAUGUUGUAUUUUCAUGAUAGUUAAAUAUGGAAAUGUGGUUUAUUUUGGUCAUCUGAAUAUUUUUUUCUAAAUUCCUUGGAUUCAACAUCUCUCUGGUUUUGUGAAAAGCACAGAGACUUACAACCUUAAAAUAUUUUUUUUCAAGUGAUAGCAUUGCUCACUGACCUAACAGCUGGAAACAAUGAUUUUAAAAGCUGAUGUAAACCAUUUUAAAUUUAAUCUAACUUUGCAGAUAAAAGUAUACUUCAAAGAUACUUACAAGGUAUGUCACUUCUUUAGGUAACAGUGAAUUCUCCUAACUAACUUGUGAGUAAAGUCAAAAUAUUUAAAAUGGAAUAAAUAUUUUCAAGGUCCACAAACUGUGAUGUAGCUCCUAUUAUCUGUUCAUUUCCAAGCUCUUAGAAGUAAUUCUCUUUCAUGAGUGCCAUAUGCCUGCUGUGCAGAGAAUAUGGUGUUGGAUUGAUUUUACAUCCUUGAGUAGAAAAUUUUCUGAAUUCCCUCCCACUGUUUUCUGAUUAUUUCCUAGAGCGAAAGGGCCAAGAUCAGUGAGGAAUGCUAAUUUAAAAAUCUACUCAUGAUAAUGCAUUUUAUAAUGUUUUGAUUUGUGUCACAGAACUGCAUCUCAACGACUUACAGCGUUCUCAGUCACUGACUGGUCUUGAUAAAGCAAAGGUAGGACCCAGGCAGUCAUUCCAUGCCUGGAGGGAGGAUACUGGGGCAAGUUUGUCAGACACCAAUCUGGCCUCAAGCAGAAGUGAGAGAAUAUCACUUGACUUCAGGUAAGUUUUAGUGUCCAAGUGCAUUUUACAAAUCACAAGAAACAUAAUCAUGUGAGUUUGUUGAACUUGGGGUACAAAGCUGGAUUUGAGCAUUGGUUGGGGUGACUCUGCUUCAUCUGAAUUCUAGCAUUGACUGUUGUCACUGUAAUGUCUCUGGAUCUGGGAGUAAAUGGGUUGACUGUGCUGUGUCUGGAUUUGACCAUGCAUUGGGGUCACUGUGUUGAGCUCCCACACUGGAGUGGUGACAGUGUGCUGUUAAAUUGUUAGGGUUUUAUGCCAACAGGCUACAGCAGUGCAGUGUCUCUCAGGGGCUAACCCUUGAACCCCUGAGGGUGAUUAGCAUCUUAUUUCUCCUUACAAUAUCACCCCUGAAUCACACAUCUAGGUCAUGAGAAUAAAGGAUAUGAUCACCAACUAAAGAAGUACUUGAUUGCCAAUCAAAUUCUCCUUAUCACACAUGUAUAGUUAACAGUAUGGAGAAUAUGCAUAUUGAUGUCAGGGUGUAAUGGGUGAAGUACCUAUAUUUACUAAAGCAAAGAGAUUGGGGAACAUUUUCAAGCAUUUCCCAAAUGCAUUGCUACUCUGCCCUUGAGGACAGGGAGCUGGUCUGUAGCUCUUAGUUUAGGCCAGGACACACAAAGUGACAAAUCACUUUUACACAUCACAUGACAAAUUGCCGUAAAGCCCACCUCCUGUGACAUGGGAAAUUUUCAGGAAAAGUUUUGUCACUGCAAUCAUUCAAACAAAUGCACUGGUUUGAAUUUGUGCGAUUGAUCGCCGAGAACACAAUUUAUUGCUUUUUAUAGCUCCAAUUCUCUUAUUUCACCCAACUAACAUGUAUCUCAAAUCCAAUUUUCUUUUAUCAGACCAAACCUAACAACCAGUGUUCCUCAGAGGAGUACAGAAGGUGGUGCCCUCCAGAGGGAUACCCGUGAGACCCAUGUACCAAUGAUGUCCUCAAAAGCUACCCGUGAAGAACACACAUCACAAGACAGCCUGUUGUCCAAUCCCAAGUCAACCGACAGUCUGAAUAUGAAACCAUUUGGAGACCAGCCGACAGAAAGACAGAAUUAUUUGCCUUCAGGUAGAAGGAGUCAGACGAAUAAAUUCUUAAACUCCCCGAUAUGGCUAUGUCCUUGUUGACUAUAUGGGAGGGCUGCACGUGAAAUAUAUCGUGACCGAGAGCCAAAUAUUUCCCUCCCGGUCCUCCCACUGAGUCAAUAAACAAUUUAUCAUAUGACUGCUAAAUGUUAAAAAUUUAAAACACAGUUUCGAUAAUCUUAGAAACCUUAAAAUUCCGCGAAAAAAGCCAAAACAGAAAAUUGUCUUCUUGGUCCUCAGGUGUUAGUCACACAAGUGUGCGUGACAGCUGCAUGAGCGACAUCUCAACUAAAGAACUGAAACAGUUUGAGGAGAUCGAGGCCAUGAUUCUGGCGGGAAGAAGUGUUGAGACUCCUCGCAGGUUCGGAAAACCGAGCAAACUUCCGAAUGCGUCCGAAUCUCAAGACGACGACGACGAACUUAACACGAGUGUCAGUAGCGAGGACAUGAAUAAGUUUAGACUGGAAGUAAUGCAGCGGCUCACACAGGAUAAGUUACGAGAGAUCCCGGAUGAACCUGUAAUAGAGAUGGAAGACGAUGACGAUCCUAUAAUUCUCGCCCGCAAUAAUGCGGCCAGCAGUCCUAGGAAUCCAACGGAGCGCACGCGCCUUGAUGUUCCUGACGAACCCACGGAAGUUCCAACGGAUCAGCUGUCUCCGAUAACGGAGACGACGGAGCCGUGUCCGUCUAUCGCGUCAAAUCCAAACUCGGCGUCGAAUUCCACCGCCCCAAGCAGCCCGUGCUCACCUUUAGACGUUGCGCCGUUCAUGCCAGCGUUUUUUACAACUUCCCCUGCGAACACAUUGGACAGGAAGAUGCAACGAUUCAGUCUUAAAGACAGAGACAACACUUUAGUCGCAGAUGACGAUGAAGACGAUGACUUUUCUGGUAAUCCUGAACCUAGUGCUACGCCCAGGUUUAACGAAAUGCCGGCAAACAAAAGCCGGGAAUUUUCAUCUAGGAGUAAGUCCUUCGAACAGCUCGCGCGUGGUAGCUACACAGUUGGUCACAUUCCUGUGGAAACGGCCAAAGCAGCUGGUAUCCCUGUGAUUAACGCAAGCAUUGAGGAAACUCGUCCCAGGGCGAAUUCAAAUUCAGAACUAUACGGCGUUUUACCAAGUAGAAAACUCAACCAGACAGGUACUAAUGCGAGCCAGAAUUUGUCUGCAUUUCGACCGUACGUGUUGUCCGCGCGUGAAGAUGAAGUGGGAGAGAUAUUCGCACCCGAAGGCGUAGACGGGAGGCGGGACUCACUCGAGACUUCGCCCGUGCAUUCACCUGUACCCGCUUUAACUCGCGGGAAACGGGAUGACACUCGACAAGAGGCUGUUCUCCGAUCUCGUGAUCUACAUGCACUGGACAGCCCAGGAGAUGUGGUAAUUUACGAACGUUCUUUGUCGAGCUCGCACGGGACUCAAGAAAACGUUCCAACUGAAAAACCCAAAGAACAAGGUAACCAAAACGAAUGUGCGCAAACACAUUCUGCAUCUGUCAACCAAUCAAAGAAAGCGGAAGCGUUUGUGUUUGAUUUUGACCAAGGUGUUGUGCAAAGUUAUGAAAUUAAUCCUGCUACGCAAGACUAUAGAACUUAUAACAAUGGCAAACGUGGAAGUCUUGGUGAUGGCAGCAAUUCAAUGCAGGGUAACCAGGUUCUUAAAAGAUCACAAGAAGACCGUUUUGCAACAUUCAGUAGAAACUCUCCUAGAGGUGCACAAUUACACAGGCCUCAGGAACAGGAAUUAGCCUCUAGUCGUGAAACAAAUGGCGGCCAAGUUUUCAAAGAAAGGACAAGUGUUGAUAUGAAAGAUCUUCGAACGUCUGACGGAUUUUCAACGUAUAGGAAAAAUUAUUCGCCAGAAAAGAAAGCAAAUGAUGAAAAUGGAGUCUCUGGAACAGGUAUAGAGAGCUGGGAUGUGCGGCGGUCAGACGGGUUUUCAACUUUCAGAAAGGAACCUAUGGCUGCUUCAGCAGAUAGUACGUUGGCGCAGAAUAAUAUGGCCUCUUUUCAAGGUCAGAGAGGAAUCGGAAUUGAUCCAUUUUCAACAUUCGCCAAAUCUACCAAGAGACAGGAAAGUAACCAGGGUCGUGAUCAAGUCGAAUUACACCACUCUCCUGAACAAGAAUCAACGACAGCUGUCGUUAGAGGAUCCGUUCCGAGCAGGGGAGGAGAGAGUGAGACUGACGCCAACCCCAGAGGGGGAGAAGAGGAGCCGGUUCGCUCACCUGGUGCGUCAAACAUUUUGCGGUCUCGGACCUUCAGGAAAACGCCCACCGGUCAAAUCGUUGAGGAUUUUAGUAUUGGUACCAGGAAUUCUCCAGUGCAUAACGAACUACGUUCUUCAACAAACAGCGACCGCAAAGACACUGGACAGCACACUGUAAAUAAACACAUCCAGGAUAGCCCAGAGGGAACCGGAAGUUAUAAUCCACACCGGAUCAGUUGGACGGAUGAUCAGGAAGCUGGGGCGAGGCUGAUCAAACAGUUGAAUGCCAGUAAAGAAAUGUCGGUAAGGAAAAAGUAAUUUGAAGAAAAAUUUAGAAAGACAGAAACUGCGUAAACAGCACAGGUGAUUCCAAAUAAGUAAAUAUUUGUCUUUUUUUCCACAGGCCACCCCGAAAAGUCAUGACAGUGAUAGUCCCAGAAGGCGUGGCAGCCCCAGACAUACAGGCCGUGGAAGCCCGGGAGCGAGAAUCAGUUGGCUGACUGCCGCCCGGAGUGGUGUAGGAGGGCAGGUCAUGUUGAAUGACAAAGGUAAGGGAGGGGAUGGUACAGGGAAUUGUCAUCUAUUUUUCCUUCUCCUGGCUGGUUCUGGACGUUGCAUUGUAAGUCGCACUGGGCGGGGGUGGGGAGAAAGGGGAUAGAAAGAACCACCCCCCCCCAUCUCCCUCCUCCCUUCCGCGAGCUCUUGUAAAGGAAGUGACGACAAGUUCUCGCUGACAAUAAACUGACAACUUUUAUAACAAUUACAAACUCACAGGCGAUAGAAAUAUGAUGCCCUUUAGUAAGCAGAUUUUUCGCUGUGGUUUUGACCUUUGCUCGCCCACACCUGAAACCUAAUUUAGCCUGUGGAGGAAAAUGCCUUGCUUUCACAUCCGGUGAUUUUUUUUUCUAUAUUUAGUUUGAUUAGAAGUUUUAAAAAGGCAUUUGGGGAAUUUUUAGACACCAUGCAAUUAAACCCUUAUUAGCAUUGACAGAUCUUUAGGGUAAUAGCAGGCAGAAAAGAUGUUUAUGAAUUCUGUUUUGCGGCAAACAUUUUGCGUCGAGAAACGGAUGUUUGGCUCGGGCCGCUAGGAAAUGACUGCAAAAUCAAGGUCAGGUAAAAUACGGCAAUCCGGCUGGGAUUUUGUGCAGUUUUGACCCUUUUCCGCCGGUGUUGAGAUCCAUCGAGGUGUGGCAGACAAAUUAAUUUUCCUUGGCAAGAAAUCCUGGACGUAAUCAACUCGAACCCACCGAUCGCUUUAUAUACCCGGUUGUGGCAUUUUCUGCUAACUCGACCGUUCUUCUGUGAUCUACUGAUCUUUUUUGGAUGUUAGUGGUAUCUUUCUCAGUUUACCGCCAGUAUUUUGUUGGCGAACAGUGAUUUUUUUUCCGCGCGUUACUGUCCUUUCGUGCUCGUGUGUGACUGUGUUUACGCGCGAAGUUUACGACAUCGAUCAGACACGCCUGAGUAAUGCUAAAAGCAUUACACUGGCUUUUUCAUCUGUAUGACAAAGACGCUCUGAAGCCGACUCUUUUGGAUUUGAAGAAAUUUCUCCUGCCGCUGUGAAUUUAAGGUGAGUGUUCCGACAGUCUUUUAACCAUACUGAUGAAUAAUACAUGCAAGGUAAUAAAAUUGUUGAUACUUGCGAUUCUCGCCCUUAGUGCUGUAAUUUGCAUGUAAGAACUGAAUAUAUUAACUUGUAAGUCGUGGCAUGGUGUAUUUAUUUCUGAGUGUUUUAAUCGGAUCUUGUGUUGUUUUUCACCGUCCGUGACUGAGUAAUCUCUCAAAUUUGCCAAGGUUCGCCUGGAGUGUGACGACUGAACCGAAGGAAACACAGAAAUCGGGAAAUUGUAAACAGACUUACGGAUCGUGGUUUUGUUUUUUUACAUAAGCGCUGUAAUGUUGCUUCGCCCAUACUGUUGGAUGUUGUGUAGGAAAUGUCGCUCAUAAAUUCAACGGCGGUGAUGUCAUCUGCCAGAAAGGGAGAAAUUAGCUUGUGAUUCGAUCGUCAUCUUUCAGAAAUAGUUUCCAGUCGUUUAUAGUGAGUUCGUCAUUUAACACGGCUGUUGUGUUGUGAACAUCACUCGUUCAUCAGACAGACACGCGCAGUUUUUUCUUCCUAGAGUACUUCUUGGCGAGGCUCUGACCGCGUUUGAUUUGCGUUAUCUCGUCAAUCUCUGUGAUCUAACUUUAGAGGGAACACCACCGAGAAGUUCACGUAUUAAUAAGCGAGCAAGCGGGGAAGAUCGAAGAAGUUAUUUCACAGGACCUGUCGAAUACCACCGGAAACCAACGUGUUUAUAAUCUGGUGCUGUUUGUUCCUUUGAGUGUACCACACUGAGCGGUUCUAAUGCUCGGUGAAGAAGUAUUCAAGGUAGAUUUCUUGUUUAUUGAUAUCUUUGUACUGGAGCCUUGUGUUUUUUUGUAUCCCGGCUUUUAACCUUCACAUUCGCUAAAACGUUUCGUCUUUCAAUCUCGGGUUAAAUACAUGCUGUAGCAGGUUAGCAGUUAAUAUUAAACUGGAUUCAAUACGGAACUUUUUAGCUGCGGUGUUUUGUAUUUUUUUCUUCAUUGCAUCGACAUUCUUUGUCAGCACAGAAUCGAGAUGUGUACUUUUAUCGUAACGAGGCUCUUAGUUUUUAGAAAGCUUUUUCUGACUUUAUUAAUUGUUUCUAAUUGUUUUAUAUCCGAAAUGUCACGUAAUUUUUUUGGUGAAAUCGAACUCAACCGUGCUUGACAAAAUAUCAUCAAUUCAUUGAAAGCACUCAUGCAAUAUUUAUAAUAUUUCUGUUAUAGAGUUAUAUUCGCCCAUACUCUAUUUCUAAGGGAGAGAGAUGUUUGUUUUUGUUUAAUUCUGCCUUUUAUCCUCUAUUUGCUGAGCCAAGUUUGAUGAAUGUAUUAUGAGAGGCAAAAUUAUCUUCAUCUAGUUUACAUUUUGUACAUUUUUCGCUCGUCAAGGGUUAUUCGGCGCCCUUUUGUAAAUAUGAAAGUAAUAAGUACCAUGCAUGUAUAUUGGAGUUAGAUGCUCACUUUUAUAUUGCUUUCCAAUUUAUCGAUUUCGUUUAGAAUAGAUUUUGUAUCUUGUCCUCAUGAUGGAUAUUUUUGGCUUAAAAUUAACCCGUUUUGUGAGAAAGAGAAGAACUAUUUGCGGUCCAAAAGCGUUGUGAAAUGAUUAUUUUGAAGAUAAUUACUAACAUGUUUACCUAAUUAAGGGAAAACGCUGAAAGUUUGUUUCAUUUAUCAACUUUUUUUUGUUUUUUUCGGAAAAUGAACUGAAUUUCUCGAGCAGAAUUUUUCGAAAUAACCUCUUCACUUCGGUUCUUUAGGUGAAAACGAAAAAACGUUUCUGCAAAUAUUUACUAGAUGAUACACAUAAUGUUUUCUUUUUCCAUUGAUUACAAAUAGCAACCCAAGUUAUUUUCACCGUAGUUUCCCGCAAGUUACAUUAAUUUACAAAAGAAAAAUAAAUUAUUAGAGUUUUAUUUGUAUCGAACGCUAAAAUGGGCAGCAAAAUCAUGAUAAUAUUGAAAUUUUUAGUCUACCUUUAUGCCUAGCGGCUAAGAACUUGAAAAUCUCUUUUCCAGUAUAGCGUUAUGUACAUCAGUUCUUACAUGCAAAGGCCGACCCUAAUGCUUCAAACAAUCUAUGUCGAAAUUUGUCCUUCCAAAAUAUAUAUAUAUAUUUUUUCUUAUUUAUUUUCGAAUGAUAAAGUUUUUUUAAUUUUCGUCGUCUCUUCAGAUUGCAUGCAGAAAGAAGCUUCAACAGAACUUGCUGCUGGCGAAAUAUCUCAUGGGCGAUCGUGUUUCGUAGCAACAGUGGUUAUCCGCCCUAAACACAUGCGCAAUACUGAGGGAGCUCCAUGGGAUUUGCAAGAAAAUGGAACCAAAGAGGAGCCCGCGGGUUUGAGGCUGAGAGCAAGUGCUCGUUUUGGUCCCGAAGAUGACACACCGGUAGUUGAAUCAGGAUCGUUAUUAAGGAAUACUGGUACAACGACUAGUUUAGAUGGUGAAUGUAGUUCUUCUACUGAGAUAUUUGAAAAAGAAAGAAAUAUGUUACACAGCGAGUCUAGUCUCGAGCCAGACACUCGGACAGGUGGGAGUAUUCGUGACAGAAUAGCGGCGCUUAAAGCUGCCUCGGGAAUGAAAACACUGGGUGUUACUCCAGGCAAAGAGCAGGUGAAGAAGCCUUUUACCAAACCUGCCGUUAGAGCGCGCGAAGACGAAGAAAAUGAAAAAGUGAAAACAGACCUAGGAGGUGAAUCUCCAAAAUCGAACGAAGAAUCGUCGAAGACAGAACGUGAAUCUGAGAUGUCCCAGAUCUCUCCAAAAAAUAGCAUCGCGUUCGAUGUGGGAUUCCAAAAUGCGACAAAAAGUCGCCCGCCGCCCCCUCGUGUGUUGUCGAGAUUUAAAACUGAUAAUUUCGAAUCGAAAAACGAGGAAAUUGUUUUAGAAUCACCGGUUGCGGGUAAUAAAGAAAUUGGGGCCGUUACGGACAAAGCUUUAGCCUUUGAAGUCAGCUUUGACGAUGAACUGCGUUCAAAACGCGCUAAGGAUGAACCUUUUCUGAUGCAAUCACCAUUCAAGGCCCUGAGAACGCGUUCUAACCUCAGACGUCAACAGAACUCGAAGCCGUGCCAGCCAAUUAGGGCGCUAGAGGAUUCGGAAGAUAACAAUAGCUCUGAAUUACCGAAGCUGCUUAAACGAAACACAUUCACUUUAGAUUCUGUCUCAGAUCAGGGAACACCGAUCGUUAAGGUUUUAGACGAACUUGCUAGUAAGGAAGAAGCGAGACAAAAAGGAAAUGUGGAGUCAGGCGAGCGUGGCACAAAACGCAGUACCUUCACUCUAGAGUCUGUAUCCUUAUCUAAAGCUAAUGUCACUGAGAGUGGGCUGCCUGUGGUCAAUGUACUCAACGACUCUUUGAUUAAGAAGGAAUCUGAACUAAGUCAAGUGGAAUUAAACAUUGCUACGACAUCUUUGUCAAACGAAAUUUCUCAAAAAAGAAGCACUUUUACUCUUGAAACUGUAGCGAACGAAUUAGAGUGUGCGACAGAACAAGAAGAGAGACGAGUAACCCAAUAUGAAGAACACCAUCCAGGCCCCAUUACUACCGAUACGCUCGCCAAGCAGACUUUGACGUCAGAAGAGGAACUUGUGACCUCCGAGAAACGUUCAACAUACAGUUUAGACACAGUUUCAUCGUCGUUACAAAGGGGAACUAACCAAGGUGUACCUGUCAUUGAAGUUUUAAAUCAGCUCGCUAAACGCGAAGAAUUGCAAUCGCCUGUCGGGAGUGAUGCUGACAGUUCACCAGCUUUGGCCGAUUCCGUUCAAAAACGUGGUACGUUCACUCUUGACACUGUGUCACAGACCAUAGACGACGAGGAGAAGAGGGGCGUGUCUACAGUGAAAGUGUUAGAUCAGCUUGCGUCUAAACACGAGUCCACUUCAUCGACUGAGGCAAACUCGGAAGAAAACCUCAAUACUGUGACUCACCAAAAUCGUGGCACCUUCACCUUGGACAGCGUGUCGCAGACUCUAGAAGAUGCCGAGCGUAAUGGUCUACCGGCAGUUGAGGCGUUAGAUCGUCUUGCUUCUGAUCAGGAGACUCAUCUGAUCCUUGAUGCUUCACGUGAAGACAAAGUGAAAACUGAACCACCCCAAAACCGAGGCACUUACUCAUUAGACUCAGUAUCUCACGCGAUCGAGGAGGCCGUAGAGAAAGGAAUUCCAGUUUCCGUCACGUUGAAUAACUUAGCCCAGGAGGGGAAGACCCCUGCGCGUGCUCAUGGUGACGCUUCUGCUGGCGACAAUUUUUGCCGUCUCAGUGCACACCCCGAUGUGGAAGCACAGCCACAUGACGAUCGGGACGAGAUCGAAGCCUGUUUCGAGGAUGCUCUGGAACAACUGGAGGAUUGCUUGACUUUUGUGACCUUCCCAUCGGCUUCUGAUCGUAGAAGAUCGUAUUCUGACAGGAGGCGAUCGUUUACUGACCGGAAUGAAUCGUCUAAUGAUGGGGGACAGUUGUCAUCUGAUCAAGAACGUUCUUCCGAGACACCUGGAAAGCGUGGCACGUACGAUCUCGACGAUGUAUCCAAUUCUGUCGAAGUUGGUACCAAAGUGGGGAUCCCUGUUGUUGAAACGCUGGAACACUUGUCAAAAACAAAGAGCCGUCAAGGGCAAUCUUUUCAAGAGACUCGCCAGUUUGAGCAAAACAGAAGAACUUAUACGCUGGAUGAAGUUUCCUUUUCACUUCAGAAUGCCUCUGAGAAUGGUAUCCCUGUGGUUGAAGCUCUCCAAAACAUAACUAAAAGUGCCAAGCUAGUUCAAGAGACUGGGGAUAGGGCUCAGAAGCGAGGCACAUACACCCUUGAUGAUGUAUCGAAGUCGCUGGAGCGCGCUAAGAGCACCGGGAUGCCUGUUAUUGAGGCGCUAGAGUCUUUGUCAAAAGAAAAGUCAUCGAGUCCACUAAGACUUAAGAUCCCAGAGAGAGGCGGUGAAAACAGAGGGACUUACACUUUGGAUGAAGUGAGUCAUUCACUGGAGAAGGCAAAACAGAGAGGUCUCCCUGUUGUGGACGCUUUAGGGCAGUUUACACAUGCUAAAGAUGGCGUCUCUCUCCGAGGAACGCCUGAUGCCGUCCAUCGAAGGCAAGAAAAACUAGUUAACAGAAAAACCUACGCGCUGGCCAGUCCGCUUGAGACAAUUGGUGAAGGAACUAAGUUACGCUUGUAUGAUGGCAGCCAGCGGCAGAUGUUAUCGCCACUGACUUUACAUAUGAAAACAAAUGAAGCUACCCCUGAGAAAGUAAACAGCAGCGACAGUAAAGCAAAGGGCUUAGGUGUUGUGCAGAAGUUAGAUUUCUUGACUUCAGCUUGCGAGCUUUUGUUGGAGGCGAAUGCCAAAGAAAUGGCUCGAGAUCGUGGGCAAACAAGUUCGGAGAGUUCUCGGGAAACCCCAACUAUUGACGAAUCCUCUCGAACCUUGCCGAAGACUCCUAAUGAAAGUAAAGAAUCUGAUCGCCGUACGUAUUCGUUAGACAUCGUCUCGCGGACUGUUGACGACGCCACAGCGGCAGGGAUCCCAGUUGUAGAAGCUCUAAAAAGUGUGACACCUGUGGCCAAAGCAAAUACAACUUACAGAACUAAUCUAAUGCGACUGAAUUCCAAAUCCGACUCGGAACUCAUUCACGAUGAGACCGAGAAAAAGUCGUCGGAGAGGAACACUCAUUCCCUUGGGGACGUGUCAAAGACGCUUUCAGACAAGACGAAAGCUGGGAUUCCUGUCAUACAAGCCCUGGAUCAACUUGCCAAGGAUUUGGUGGAAUUUUCAAGAACUGCGCUGGGCGAGGAUGUGAAGGUUUUCUCUCUUGGGAAAGAACACCGAAAGAGAAAACGCCAUUCGGAAGUUAUUGUUCGCAGUAAUAAAACAGCUGGUCAGCAGUCACCACACCCUUCCACUCAAGGACCACCUAACUCCUCACCCAUGCGAAAAGCUCAUUCGUUAAAUGAUAUAGCUUCUGCUGUGCAACUAGCAUUUCAAACUGGUACUUCUUUAGCGGACCUUUUAGACAGUAUUGCAUCCGAAAAACCUGUCGAACAGCUUUCAUCUUCGCGUGACGUCCGACCGCGAUCGGUCGAUUCCGGAUUUAUCUCGUCACUUUCCGACUACGAUAUUUCGUCACAAAGUGUGGAUUCGCCGCGCAACCGAAGUAACACGCUCAUUCUUGAUAGCUCGAACGAAGAACUAGAUUUGGCAAAACUCGUGGGUCCUGCACCAAGCGACAAAAUUGUUCUCACCGAAGACACGACGAUCAACGAAAACCGUCGAACGUUCACACUUGAUCACGUGAGCGGCUCGGUAGAACAAGAAGUUUCACGGGGUGUACCUAUAAUCGAGGCUUUGAAAAAAGUCUCAAACAACUGUGAGAUGAAAAUGCAAAUAAGUGAAAAGAUCGAAAGUAUAGAUAACACUGAGAAUAAAUCGAGAGAAAUUUCAGAAGAAACCGUGAUUAACAACUCUGUGAAAAAGAAGUCGCCUCCGAAGCCUAAACGACAAAUAUCAAAGAAAACUGCGUCACUGCGAACUAAUUCUGACGCGUUUGUGGUUGAGUUUUACUCCUCAAGCGGUCAGCAGGGUCAAAAUACGUCCAAAUUUCAGAUUGUGGACAAUGAAGUUGAAGAAGUGAAUGUCAGUAAUGAUGAAUCUAACGUGAAAAACUCUGACGGGAAAGCGCAAGUGAUUGAAGAUAAAUCUAACGAUACUUCGUCGUCGUCAGAUAAGGUUCCUGCAAAGGGGCUUAAACCUGUAUCUACAAGCACACCCUCACGAGAACGUGCCACUUGGCGCGCAAGUGGAAGCGUUCUGGACAAGAUUGAGAGUCUAAUGGAUGCUGAAGGGGAUUGUGGGAUGUCACCUGCGGAUGUUCUUGAUCAAGUAACUGACUUACCUGAUGAUUUUCAAGGUUUGUUUGAAAUGGAAAGUAGAACCUGAUAGUUCCAUUAGUGAUCAGGUUCAAACCUUUGAUAACUCAUUAAAGGUUAAACCAAAGGCUUUGUUUUUUAAUGACUACAGCAAAUUGUUGUUAGCGAAAGGAGUCUCUUGUAGUCAUGAUUUUGCAGACUCAGGGCUGUUUGCAAAUGUAAUGGUAAAAAGUCAUGUUAUUUUCUUCUUGUUUUCUGUUCAGAACCAGCCAGUAAGAGUCGCGUAACUUAACAGUUUAAUAUAACGUUUUGACUUUUUGGCGUGAAAAUGAUGCUCGAAUUACAUGAAGAAGUCUCUCAGCCGUGUGGCGCUCCUUGGAACAUUCACCAGGGUCACUCUUCGUCACGGGAGGCGCUGGCCUGAUGUCUAGCGUGCUGAACUCCAGACGAAGAGAUCUGGGUUCAAUACAUGGCUAGGUCAUUGUGUAGUGUUCUUGGGCAAGAUGCUUUACUGUUAUAGUAAAUCUUCUCUUCCCCCCCCCCCUCCGGUAGAAAUUUAAUGAAAUCCUGGUGGUGGGGAUGGGGGUUUCCUGCAAUGGGUGAUUGUCUCCCCUCAUCACCUCUUGAAGGAGUGCUAAGCACUCAAAGAUGAUUUUAAUCAAUGUUUUGCUCUUAGGUGAGAUUGAAGAGCCGGAACAGGACGAAGCCGAAAAUGAACAAGCUGUUACAUCACAGAUCGCCUAUCUGCGCAUGCAAUUGGAGGAAAAACGGCGUCACAUCGAGGCAGAGAAACAUCGAGCCCAGGCCGAGUGGGAAGAUCAGCGACGGAAACUGGGACAGACUGCCUUUUGGUAUGUUAUUGGAAAGGCACAAGGAGGUCCGGGCGUCGGAGAAGGGACUGAGGUGAGUGAGUAAUUUGGAAAUCAUCGUGUUCUGCGUAGCCGACAUUUGGUAAAGUUUUACAACCGUUAAUUUGGUUAGAUUUGAUUGUUUGAAUAGUAAUGAAGAAUACAAGCGCACAAACCGAGCUUACGCUCCUUGAGAUUCCUAGAUCAGGAGAAUUCUCUUCAUCGUAAAUACUUUUUAAACUCCUAGGUAAAGCGUUCGGAGAUGGUUCCGGUCACGACGCCUCAUUCCCACGAAACACCGAGAAAGCCUGUGCCCGAGUUUCCCAAUCAACCCUCGCCUCCCGUCGCUUGGUCGUCCCCAGCAAACUCUCCGUUGCCUGCUACUGCACUGGAGUCCAGUCCUCCAAACAAUGCAGGGCUUGAGACUCGUGAAUUUCGUCUGUCUGAUUAUCCACCAGUUGAUAAUCAGGGAACAGUGCGCCCGUCAUCACAGCCAGCGGUUGAAGUCGGUUCCAGGCCCACGCCGGGACCAACACGUCCAGCUUCACACGAACCAGCGGCUUCCCGCCCCAGUCCUACGCGAAAGUGCUGGGAUGUGAAUGUUGGGCCAGUACUUACACCGCCGCCAUUGGUCCAUCCUGACGCAGAAUCCGAGAGUAAUGACGCUAAAGAAGAAUCGAACAACUUUGGAGGUACAGGAGAGAUUGAGGUUGAGAUUCACACCCCGCAGAAGAAAGGAAUGGCGAUGUUUAUCAGCGAUGACGACAAUCUUGCGCCUCAGGUAAAGUAUUUGGGACAGGAAGGUUAGCUUAGGCGGGAAAUUGCAGAAGAACCAAUCCUCUCAUGAAAACUUGACCUUUUCAAUCCUUAUGUCUUUGUUUUCUUCAUCAAUACAGGGAUUGACUCCAGAACAACAACGGAAGCGAGAGAGGUUCAUGAAGGCUCGGCAAAAGAAGCAAGCAGAGGAGAAAUCACGAAAGGAGGCAGAAUUAGAGAAAAAGAGGCGGUAAAUGGAGUUACAUAAUUUUUAAAGACCAAGAAUAUAAUCAGAAAUGACCUUUAACUCAGUUUUUAUAAUUUCCACGCUGAAUUUUAAAUGUCAACCUCUCUCUUAGUCUAUUUGGCUUUCAAACAAGUAUGACUCAAAAAAUAGGGCAAAUAGCAAAUAGCAAAUGGAGCAAAAUUCAACUGUGUGCCAAAAGGAUUCCGGGAUUGCUCUGGUUUAACUGAACCAAUCAGAUGCCAAGCUGAAAUUAACCGUCACUUGGUCGCCCCCGUUUUCCCGCGCUUUAGGCUGUCGAGUCUUCGUUGUCUAUUCUGAUAUUUUACUCUGAUCUGAUUGGCUGAUGGUAUUGCCUAAAUACUUUUUUUCCAUUUUAAAGGAGAGAAGAGAAACAACGUGAGAAAGAAAUGCUUCAGAGAAUGGAAGAGGAGAGGUUACGUCAAGAGGAAACAGAACGACGAAAAGCCGAGCAGGAACUGAGACUUAGAGAGGCCCAGGCUCAGCCCGCUCGAAUCCCAGACUCGUACGCCACUUUUCGUCGUGCAGGCCCCCAACAUGUAUAUGAUGUCAAUGAUGACACCUCCACUUACUUAGCGCCAGCUCCGUCGCAACUUUCUGGUUUUGCGGAAUUUAGUGGUACGUUUUAAACUUGUUGAUUGUGUUGGGAGUUGUUUGAGAAUACAGACUGAACAUAGCUGUUAAUUUGUCUUUUGUCAGGUCCACAGUGUUAUGUAAAACCGAGCGGCAAGUCUAACAGAAAAAUAAUCGUUAAUGCCAUCUCCCACGUGUGUUUGUCAGGCACAGUGAACCAAGAUCAGAAGGAAAAAUGUCUACAGGUUUGUAGAGAUGUUAUCCUUUUCCGUGGGGUUGUUAAACCCUUUACAUCCUAACAUCAGUAUGUAUAUUCUCCACACUUUUCUUCAUACAUUUUCUAAGGUGCUGACAAGGAGAAUUUGUUUAACAAUCAAGCGCUUCUUUACUUGGUGAUCAUAUCCUUAAUUCUCAUGACCUUAAUGUAUGAUUCAGUGGUGAUAUUGUAAGAAGAAUAAGACGCUAGUCACUUUAACAUGUCAAAGGAUUAUACCUUUCACCUUCAGAAAUAUUCAGAAGCUGAAUUCUCUUUACGAGUUCAAUACUCUUUCAAACAGACAGAUAAACUGCCAGGAUCUGUGGUCCUUGUAAUGGAUGGAGUAAUUAAUACCUUUUGCGUCUUUUUUUUUUUUUUUUUCAGGCUAUCUCAGAAUCUGAUGGCCAUCACUUCAUGAUUUUAUUCAAAGACGGUCUGAAGUUCCGAGGGAUGUAUGUGCACAACCUUGAAAACGAUCAGGUUAAUACUUGUUCCUUUGUUGAUCCUAGUUAUCCUGUGCUUCAUUGUAAGAUGUUCUCGAGCCUCAACAGAUCUCCCCGACUCUUGCAAAGAUAAAAUAUCCCCCCUUUUGUAUUACUAAAGGCUUUUUGAUUUCCGGAGGGGGGAAAGUUGUGUAGAACGGAGUAACGUCUUGUCCUCUUAGUUCUUUGUUUGAUCCUUUUAAAGCCUUUGGAGAAGACAGUUUUUUUGUUUUCUUGAGUAACAAGCAUCUUAAAGUAGAAGGAACUUCCUGAAUACAUAAUGCAGGUAAAAGCGCUCUAAGUAAAGAACUAAUUUUUCGGAGAUUGUUGUAGUUUCGAGGUGAAAUCUUACCUUAAUGACGUUCUGUUCACAGCUGUUCAAAAUCUUUGGAAUAGGACCUCGUGUUAUCACAAACAAAAUGAUUGAAAGUCUUUACAAGUAAGUAAGACAUAUGUUUGUGUUUCUUUGUACUGGUGGCCUAAUGGGUAGCGUGCUGGACUUGGACGCGAGAGAUCCGGGUUCGAAACCAGGCCGAAUUAUUGUAUUUUGCCUCUGGGUAAGACGCCUUCUCGCGGUGCCUUUCUCACUGAGUUGUAUGAAAAGCUACUGAAAAAUUGUCAGUUAAACCUGACAAAAUGCUCUGGUGUUGCCUUGGAUGGUGUAGAGGGGUUGUAGUUCUCCUAUUCGUUCACGCUACUGAAACCGAGUCGGCUAAGGCAGCACUACGAGUCAAUUUCUAAAGCAAACCUUAUUUUAUCAUUUUACCACAAAAACGUAGCUUAAUCAUUUUGUUUUUUGUUUUUAUCUAAGGUAUAACAGUGGAGGCAAAGAAUUUACGAAGAUCCCGUCCAAGACUUUAUCAAUUUCUGUAGACGGCUUCGCGAUCCAGAAAUCUUGUUGGAAUACCAGUAAACCUGUUGUACAAUCUAAGACAUCCUCCAACCUCAAGAGACCUCCCCGACCCCCGCAGAGAUGAAAUCCCUUUCCCCCCGUGCUACCGCUUUAGGCUUUUUUAAUUUCUGAGGGGAAAGGAGAAAGAUUUACGUUCUUCUUGCGUUUUGUUACUUCCUUUCGUGUUUUUUAGGUAGCUGACAUUGUUAAUUCAACACGGGAGUAUUCCCGCUGUGAAAAAUGUGCACAUUAGAACCCUAGGAUUGUAGUUGAAAGGUGUUCCUCUUAAAAAUAUCUUUGCGCUGUUAUGGGAAAAAAGAAACGUUUAGGUUAAAAACAACUCUCAUCCUAAAACUCCCUAUAUAAUCCAUUCAUCACCUUCGUGUCGAAUAUUUUGCUCGCUAAUGUGACGCCAGCAGAGAUGGUCACCAGGUGUGUUGACCUUACGAUUCACAUACUGCGUGCGAGGUCAAAUUGAUAAAACUUUUGAUGCUUUCAAGAUCGUUAAAUUACUUAAAGCAUCCCUCUGUUCCCUCUUGUCAUGAGAGAGGAACAGUCAUCCUUUACAACUGCCCCGCCUUUCAUGCAAGUUGUGACUAAUCCAAAACCGAACGCAGGGAUAAAAACGCAGCUUCGACGAGGGUGAGAAACUGCACACAUUUUUGAAGGAGGAAUCAACAAAGAGAUCGUGGUUCACAAACAAGUUAUAGAAAUAUUUAUUGCUUCUAAUUAUUAAGGAAGCUAUUUAAAAUACAAUAUGUUAUUGUUAAAAGAUACUUUGACCGACCUUGAAAGAAGUGAAUUUAAAUAUUUUUAGUAGUUAUACUUACGGAAAGGUUAUAAACUCAGUAUGAGAACGAAGUUUGUGUGGAAAUAUUCCACUUUAGUGUCAUAUGUUACAAAAAGAGCGAAAGAUCCGUGAAGGGAAAGAAUUAAAAGGAUA